GGAAGUCCCAGCUGCAGAUGAAGCAUUUCAGAGACAGGGAGAAGGCGGCAUGUGUGCAAACGCAGCCUGGGCGGUCGUGCCAGACUUUCGCAGCGUAAGGCAGCGUGGCCCAGCUUGAUGUCCGUGCCCGCAGGAGUGAGACAGCAGGAGCUGUGGCAUGCUCAGGAGAGCAGGACUGUCUCUGCGUCACUUCUUGCUGGGGAGGAAGAGCAGCGCUGGAUAUAGCUCCUACUCCAGUGAGGCAAAGAUGUCACGGCCAGUGCAAGCUCGGAGGCUGGAGGGAACAGACAAGAAUAUCUGGGUGGAGUUUGUAAAACUGGCUGCCACCUACUCCAAGGUGAACCUGGGCCAGGGCUUCCCCGACUUCCCUCCACCGGACUUUCUGAAGGAGGCGUUUGUGAGAGCCCUCAGCGGGGAGAACCACAUGCUGCACCAGUACACCCGUGCCUUUGGCCACCCACCUCUGGUGAACAUCCUAGCCCAGUUCUUUGGGAAGCUGCUCGGACGAGACCUGGAUCCUAUGACCAAUGUGAUGGUGACCGUCGGGGCAUACCAGGCUCUUUUCUGCUGCUUCCAGGCUUUCAUUGAAGAAGGCGAUGAGGUGAUAAUCAUUGAGCCCUUCUUUGACUGCUAUGAGCCGAUGACAAAAAUGGCUGGUGGGAUGCCCGUGUUUGUCCCGCUGAGACCGAAAGCUCCAAAAGAUGGUAAAUUGAUGUCUAGUGCAGACUGGCAGCUGGACCCGGCUGAAUUGGCUUCUAAAUUCACUGAACGGACAAAAGCCAUCGUCCUGAACUCACCCAACAACCCCCUGGGCAAGGUGUUCAGCCGAGGGGAGCUGGAGCUCAUUGCAGACCUGUGUGUGAAGCGCGAUGUCUUGUGCAUCAGCGAUGAAGUGUACGAGUGGCUGGUCUAUGACGGGAAGGAGCACAUCCGCAUCGCCAGCUUGCCAGGGAUGUGGGACCGCACGGUGAUCAUCGGGAGUGCUGGAAAAACCUUCAGUGCCACUGGAUGGAAGGUAGGCUGGACCGUGGGACCCAACCGGCUGCUGCAGCACCUCCGUAACGUGCACCAAAACUCAGUGUACCACUGUGCCACCAUUGCCCAGGAGGCUGUGGCUCAGGGUUUCCAGAGGGAGCUCGAGCUCUAUGGGAAAGCAGACAGCUACUUCAUCCAACUGCCCAAGGAGCUGCAGCAGAAGAGAGACUGGCUGGUCCAGAGCCUGGAUGCUGUGGGGAUGAAACCCAUCAUCCCGGAGGGCACCUACUUCUUGGUGGCAGACAUCUCCAAGUUCAAAUCUGACGUGCCUGAUGUCCCCGACUCUGAUGAGCCCUACGACUCCAGAUUUGCAAAGUGGAUGGUCAAGAAUAAGGGACUUGCUGCCAUCCCACUCUCUGCUUUCUAUUCUGGGGCCCACAAGAACAACUACAAUCAUUUCAUCCGGUUCUGCUUCGCGAAGGAGGAAGCCACACUGAAAGCAGCAAAUGACAUAUUGCAAAAAUGGAAACGGGAGAAAACCAGUCCCUGAGCACACUGGAGACAAAACCAGGCUCUCCCUGGUACUCACCUGCCACAACCGCUCUUCCUCCUCUUCUUUGCUUGGCUACAAACUUUAAUAUGUCCUUAUUUUUGUGCUUUCAACCACAUCUUCCGUCGGACAAAUGGGUAAGAAUUUUGCCAGACCCAGAGUCUGGGAGAAACUUUCUGUCACUGUGAAAUGACUCUGCUGUUCCUUGCAAAAAGUGAGCCUUCCCAUGCGCUGCCAGUACUCAAUGUUUCUUCUUACCACGUUUAAAGACUUUGAUAAUCAGUUCUGGGAUGCAUCCAGGAAGACACAAGGUAAGGACGGCUCCUGGGGUCUUUUCCACCACCAAAAUUCUGAAAAGCAGCUUCGGGCUGCUCCUGCCGCUGGUGGCCCCCACAGCCUCCCACCGGCCGGGCUGGUGGGCGGUGGGGUAACACGAGUGGCGUUUUGAAAGGUGAUUCUUGCACCAUUUCUGAUUUCGACCCGGAUAAGAAUGUAAAACAGCAUCAUCUAUCACGCAGGGGUUGUGCACAACAGACUGUGCGAUAAGUAUUUGUGGUGGUUAAAUUAUUAAAGAUUAAUUACUGCAAUUAUUGAAAA